GCAGCAGGACCCCCCCCCCCCCCCCCCGGCUCUUCCCCUCCCCGUCCCCCCCCUCCGUCGCCGCCUGCCCCCUUUCUCCUCAGCGCCCAGCCCGGUGGGUUCCCCCCGCUGCAAAGCCGGACAUGGCGACCCUGCUCCUGCGAGCCCCCCGCUGUCCUCCUCCUCCUCCUCCUCCUCCCCCCGCCGCCACCACCACUCCUGCCGCCGCCUUCUCCUUCUCCUCCCCGCGGAGCUUUUAAUGGCUCGGACCUCCGGCGGCCAAGCGCGACUGCCCCUGCACCCAGCCGCAGCGAGGAGAGCCCGCGGGAGCCCCCGCAGCCCCAGCCCCGCGCACGAUAUAAGAAACGUGUUUCCCUAAACAUGGGUGAAACAGAGCAGAGGCCAACAGCAGGAUCCCGGUUAGGAGCUCAGGAAAAUGCUGGGAUCAGCACCUUGGAGCAUGGACAGAAACCACCUAUGACACCUCCAGGAAAACUCAUCUCCAUCAAAAUUCAGAUGCUGGAUGACACGCAAGAAAUUUUUGACGUUCCGCAAAGAGCUCCAGGGAAAGUUUUGCAUGAUGCUGUUUGCAACCACCUGAACCUUGUUGAAGGCGACUAUUUUGGCCUUGAAUUUCCAGAUCAUAAAAAGAUGAUGGUGUGGCUUGAUCUUUUGAAGCCUGUUAUGAAACAGAUUAGAAGACCGAAGCACGUUGUUGUAAAAUUUGUGGUAAAAUUCUUCCCACCUGACCACGCUCAGCUGCAGGAGGAACUGACAAGGUACCUAUUUGCAUUGCAAGUGAAGCAGGACCUGGCACAGGGAAGGCUAACGUGUAAUGAUACCAGCACUGCCCUCUUAAUCUCACACAUAGUACAGUCUGAGAUUGGGGAUUUUGAUGAAACCAUAGAUCGUGAACACUUAGCGAAGAACAAGUAUAUACCUCAGCAAGAAGCACUAGAAGACAAAAUCAUGGAAUUUCACCGUAGCCACAUGGGACAGACACCAGCAGAGUCUGACUUCCAGCUUUUGGAGAUUGCCCGUCGGCUGGAGAUGUAUGGAAUACGCUUGCAUCCAGCCAAGGACAGGGAAGGGACAAAAAUCAACCUGGCUGUUGCCAACACAGGCAUUCUGGUGUUUCAGGGUCACACGAAGAUCAAUGCCUUCAACUGGGCUAAGGUUCGAAAGCUGAGCUUCAAGAGGAAACGUUUUCUGAUCAAACUGCGGCCUGAUGUGAAUAGUUCGUUCCAGGACACCCUGGAAUUCCUUAUGGCCAGUCGAGAUUUUUGCAAGUCUUUCUGGAAGAUCUGUGUAGAGCAUCAUGCCUUUUUCAGGCUUUUUGAGGAACCUAAACCAAAGCCCAAACCCGUUCUUUUUUCUAGAGGUUCAUCAUUUAGGUUCAGUGGUCGGACUCAGAAGCAAGUUCUUGACUAUGUUAAAGAAGGAGGGCACAAAAAAGUGCAGUUUGAAAGGAAACACAGCAAGAUUCAUUCCAUCAGGAGUCUGACUGCACAGCCUUCAGAACAGCAUACAGAGGUGCCAAAACAAAGCUCUAGCUUUGCCUAUGGAGACGACAAUGAUGCUGCAGCAGUGCCGAGCUGCCGGCAAGGAAAGGAAUUGAAAGCUUCAACAGAAGACACUGGACAGCAGAAGAGCCCUUCCUUGAAGAAGAGCCCAAAGGAAGGCAGAAAGGUGGAUGGAGCAGUGGUGUCAACAGUGGAGGAAGAAGAGGAGGCUGCUAAGGACAGGAUGCAGCAGAACAGACCUCAAUCACAGCAACCAAGCACAGCAGGUUCUCUGACUGGCAGCCCUCAUCUUUCAGAGCUUUCCAUCAAUUCCCAAGGAGGACCAUCGGUGGCAAAUAUGUCUUUAUCUCCAAACUUGAGCCCUGAUGCCAAGCAGUCAUCUCCCUUGGUCAGCCCUUUGCUGAAUGACCCAUCGUGCGUCAGGACUGAUGAUGAGGAAGAGGUCAAAAGAAAGAGAUUCCCAACUGAGAAAGCUUACUUCAUCGCUAAAGAAGUAGCGACCACAGAACGAACAUACCUGAAGGACCUUGAAGUCAUCACAUCGUGGUUUCAGAAUGCAGUGAGUAAAGAGGAUUGCAUGCCCGAAACACUGAAAAAUCUCAUUUUCUCCAACUUCGAACCUUUGCACAAAUUUCACACUGGUUUUCUCAAGGAAAUUGAGCAGAGACUUGCUCUGUGGGAAGGCCGCUCUAAUGCUCACAUUAAAGGAGAUUACCAAAGAAUCGGAGACGUUAUGCUAAAGAACAUUCAGAGUAUGAAGCAACUGACAAUUCACCUGUGGAAGCACAAUGAAAUUUUAAUGGAGUUGGAGAACGGGAUCAAGAACUCUCGCAAGCUGGAGACCUUUUGCAGAGAUUUUGAGCUACAGAAAGUCUGCUACUUGCCUCUCAAUACCUUCCUUCUCAGACCUUUACACAGGCUGAUGCACUACAAGCAGAUAAUGGAGAGGCUUUGCAAACACUACCCACCAAGCCACAUAGACUUCAGGGAUUCAAGAGCUGCUUUGGCUGAGAUUUCUGAAAUGGUGGCUCAGCUCCAUGGCAAUAUGAUAAAGAUGGAGAACUUCCAGAAGCUGCAUGAACUCAAGAAAGACUUGAUAGGCAUAGACAAUCUGGUGAUCCCAGGAAGGGAGUUCAUUCGACUGGGUAGUCUUAGUAAGUUGUCUGGAAAAGGUUUACAGCAACGGAUGUUCUUUCUGUUCAACGAUAUCUUGUUGUACACAAGUAGAGGCCUGACAGCAUCGAAUCAGUUUAAAGUCCACGGGCAUCUUCCACUGUAUGGCAUGACAAUAGAAGAAAGUGAAGAGGAAUGGGGUGUUCCUCAUUGUCUAACGCUACGAGGUCAACACCAGUCCAUCGUUGUUGCUGCAAGUACCCGCGCCGAAAUGGACAAAUGGACUGAGGACAUUCAGAUGGCAAUAGACCUGGCAGAGAAAAGCAGUGGCCCUGCCCCAGAGUUACUGGCUAGCAGCCCACCUGACAAUAAGUCUCCUGAUGAAACUACUGUAGACCAGGAAUCUGAGGACGACCUCAGUGCAUCCCGCACCUCACUCGAACGUCAGUCACCACACCGUGGCAACACUACGGUGCACGUCUGCUGGCACAGAAAUACCAGUGUUUCAAUGAUCGACUUUAGUAUUGCUGUGGAGAACCAGCUGUCUGGAAAUCUCCUAAGAAAAUUCAAAAACAGCAACGGGUGGCAGAAGCUUUGGGUGGUGUUCACCAACUUUUGUAUGUUCUUCUAUAAAUCGCACCAGGACAAUCAUCCUUUAGCCAGCCUUCCUUUAUUGGGAUAUUCCCUUACCAUUCCUUCCGAAUCUGAAAACAUUCACAAAGAUUAUGUGUUCAAGCUACAUUUCAAAUCCCACGUGUACUACUUCAGGGCUGAAAGUGAAUACACAUUUGAAAGAUGGAUGGAAGUGAUCCGAAGUGCCACCAGCUCUGCCUCACGCACUCGAGCUCUGAGUCAUAAAGAGCCUCACGCCUAUUGACGGCUAAACAAGCCGCCGUGUUGAUUGUCCAGCAGCUGCUGAUUUUCUAGAGGACGUUUGAAACUCUUUUCUCCCUCCAAGUUUAGUAAAACUUACAAUUUGGUAAAAGAAAAGAAAAAAAUAAGUAUGGUUUUGCAGAAGCUUUCACAAUUCCUCAGCAAAACUGUUUUAAGUUCUCCGUAUGUUCAAACUAGCUUACCAUCAUCCCAGUGGCUGCGGUUUGUUUCAUGUCUUGUAUUUUGUCAUUCUGUGCUGUUUUUAGCUUGUGCCAGUAUUAAAAUAUUGUCCUUAUUAGAGUGCCAAAUGCCAAAAGACAUUUUGUUGCCUCAAGGAUUGCACCUAAAAAAAAAAAAAAAAAAAAAAAAAAGACUUCACAAUCUGAAAACUUUCUCCUCUGAGGCAAACACUAUUUCUUCUCUUUUCAUAAAAAUAUAUUAUUUUUUUUUACCAUGUUAAUCUGUAGACUGCUGGAUUUUUAAAUGUAGAUGGACUUUCACAGUAUAGAAUAUAAUUAUAUAUACAGCAAGCAGUCUUACAGGAAUGAGAUAACUUUCAGAUUUCAUUUUUUUUUCCCGGUCUUUCUACAUUUAAUCAGCAAGGAAUUACUAAUUUUCUGUCUUUAACAAAGAAACAGUUUACAGCUCGUUCUCAUUUCCCUUUGGGGUUACAAAUCCAUGUGGUAUAAAUAAAGUAUAGGAUCCUUAUCUAACCAUUUUCUUGGUGCAAGUUGACCAAAUUGUUCAUCUGUUGGCUUUGAAAAGUGAAUACUACUUGCAAGAUGAAAAAAUUUUAAAAUAAUCCAGUGCAAUAUUAUUUGGGCUGUUAAUGUACUGUGAAUGGUAUGUACAAGAAGAAAUUAAAGGCUGUGGUGACAUUCUGCUUUUUGUUUUACAAACUUGAAAGAAAACCUGUAUGCUACGAGAACCGCAGCUCUUUGUGAUUAAUUUGUAGAGUGUUUCGGUAACUAAAUUGCUCUAAGCUGGGGGUACACCUGAAGCCCCAAGUUUUCAUCCUGCCCGCUACACAUCUUAGCGGGACUUUCAGCUUCUUGUUGGAGUUUCAGCCUCUCCCUCUCCCCGCAGUGCUCACUGUUACAGAGAGCGACAGGUACAACCAGCAGCAGGAACAGCCAUUCCGUCCGCCCGGCUUUGACCUUCGCUCACGCCGUGCUUCGGGUAAGCCGUUGCCCCACUCGGAAGGUUGGCAGCACUAAGUCUACUAUUGCUUAGAUGCUUUUCUUUGAUAAAAUGAAGAAACAUUUCCUCACGAGGGUGACAUAAAACUUCCAUUAACAGAAGCUCAACAUGCUGGAAACACAUCUGUCCCCGUUACGGGCCUUUGAGGAAACACAGUGCUAGGCAGAGGGGGCCUGAAUAUAGAUAUGGGGAAUGAAGCUGGGACAAUUCUACCCGUCUUUUUUCUUCGUCUAGCUAUUCACUUUGUUAAUGGCUUACCUAUGUGCGAUGUAUAAAAUGGCUUACAGCUUUGCUCACAACAAAAGGGAAUAAAAUACCUCACAAUACUAUUACAUA